GGAUUUCCUUAUAAGAAUGAGAGAAAGGUGUCAAGUUCCUGUUGAAAACAAGCAUUUAUUUGCUCGUCCAGGUGCUCUGUCUCACUAUCGGGGUGCAGACUGCAUUCGCCUGUAUGCCAAAGAAAGUGGAGCAAAGCAUCCAGAAGCCCUUUGCUCAACAAAGCUACGUAAGCAAGUUGCCACGUUGUCCACAGUAUUAAACCUUAAAGACAAUGAGAUGGAUCAAUUAGCCAACUUCCUUGGCCAUGAUAUUAGAGUUCAUCGGGAGUUCUACCGCCUCCCUGAAAGCACUUUACAGCUUGCAAAGAUUAGCAAGGUCUUAAUUGCUAUGGAAAAAGGGAGACUGCCCGAACUCCAGGGCAAAGGAUUAGAUGGCAUAACAAUAGAUCCUCAAGAUGAAAUGGAUGUCUCCAGCAACAGUUCCAGUGAUGAGGCAGAACUGCAAACUUCAAGUUGCAGAAGUCAAGAGAAUGAGGAUCAUAUGAAUGCAGGCAACCUGCAAGACGAGGGACCUCAAGAUGAGGGACUCGAGGUGUCUUCAAAGAAAAAGGCAAAAAUGGGCUCCCAGAAAGCACAUGUGGGUAGACCUAAAUCCCCCUCCAUUGUAGACUUGGAUGUUGCCCAUCUCAAACCAGGUCCAAAAGUCAUUGUGAAAAGGAAGUGGUCAGAAGAGGAGGUCAAUGCAGUUGAAAAACAUAUGCUGCAUUUCAUACACAGCUGUAGAGUUCCUGGGAAAGCAGACUGUGUCUCGUGUCUGUUGGCCGAACCUCAUGCACUAAGAAACAGAGAUUGGUCUGCUGUUAAGUUUUAUGUAAAUAACAGAAUUGCUGCUUUGAAAAGACAACAGAGUCGGUAGGAGAGAUUUUUCUUUACACAUAUAUGCUGUUUUUAGUGUUGUCACGAUACUGGAGUUUGAUACCAAUUGGUACUGAAAUUUUAAAAACGUCCAUUUCCAUGCUCAACAGAAAUGACUGUGAUUGGCCGUGAAGGUCAUCAGUUCAUCGAACUCACCGCUGUUUACUAAGUGUAACCACAGAUACAGGGACACUGGAGCGUUGUAAAGCUGUGAAGAUCGGCUGGUCUGUCUGAGCUGACAUACGAGCGAUCCGAUGAUGAAUCGACUGAUCUUCGUGGUUUUAAAAGGCUCCAGUGUCCCUGUA